GUGGUUAAAUUAGAUUGUUGAAGAUUUAUUACAGAAUAUUGCGUAGUCACAGCAACUGAUUUAAACAUUCUACUACGCAAAGAAAAGACAGCGACAAUUUUCGAGCUUCAACUUCGUUCUUCAUCUUCAAUACAAGGAAUCAAACCUUCAAUAUGCGAUCACAAUGUUAUUUUUUUUAAGUCUUAGCCACGGAAGCGAAAAAAUACAAACAACAAUACCAACAAUCAAAUUUUUAUGAAACAUUUGUAUUACUGUUCUCAUCUUAAAAUUAGGCCGACCAAAAUUACUACGACGUUACCUUAAGUUUUAAUAUAUAUUUUAUAUUAUAUUGCAACUUAAAGUAAAGUUUUCAUACUAAAUUUUUGAAAAUAAAAAACAAAUCUUGCAAAUCACGUCUCGAGUUUCUUUGGCGUAUUACACGGUUCAACAACACUUUUGUCCAGCUCCAAAUUUCACCUUUGUUUUUGUUCCUCCCGACUAGGAACUCAUAGUUCUUAAGUUUUGACCCUCGCCGUUCUGGGAGAGGGGAGGAGCAUUGAUUUAUAAUUUCCGAAAAUGGAACAUUUUCGAGGAUUUCGAUGGACAAUUCACUGCUCAAUCAAUGUUCGAUAUCGAAAAACGGAAAGAUAGACCACGGCGCGUCAGGGGUUGUGAAUCUAUCAUAAAAAUUUCAAGUAGAUUGUUCAAGCCAUUCUUGAGAAACGAUGUUUUUAUGAAAUGAUGUUUUUUGAAUGAUUUCAUGUAUUGAACACCAAUAGUUCAAUUCGGAAGAAAUAUAAAAAGGGGAAAAUUAAGGCUGGGCAGAAGUUGAUUUUUGUUGAACCAUGUUAUUUUUUGAAUGAGUCCAAGAAUUUUUUCAACUCGGACGCAACAUGACGAAGUCAGGACUUGAAAAUUAAAACUUUGUGAAGGGUUGACUUCAUUCAUUUCGUUUAUUAGGCAUUUUAUUGCAAUUAUUAUAAAACUGAAUCAACAAUUCUUCGCUGCUACACUCGAUUCGUGGUUGCAGUCGUCCAUCCUCGGUCGCGUCCCACACUUGCCAUAUCGUUCUGCACCGAGUCCGCCCUCCUUGCACGCUGGCCUCAUGGUCUUCUUGUACCAUCCGAAUCUCUUGCGAAUGCCAGUUUUGCAGGAUUGUUUUCCGACAUUCUCGCAACAUGCCCCGCCCAUCGUAUCCUUCCAGUUUUUGCCACCUUCCGGAUGCCAGGUUCGCUGUAAAGUGCGGCGAGCUCGUGAACUACAAACAUUUGAUAGGGAGUGUAUUAUUAUUAGCUUUAUUCGAGAAAUUUUCAGCCCAAAGAAAUGUUAUAUGAAAUAACUAUUGGCCUAUCUAGGAUUUAUUUCUGCAGUUAACCCAGAGGAGCUGAGUCGGCAUGCCAUUCAUAUUGUGGAUGUGCACAUAUGUGCAUAUAAAGAGUUUCUUCCAUAUUGUUUGCAGCACAAAAGCACAAACACAGCACAAAACAGCAUGAGUUUUGGCUAACGCGCAGGUACUCAGAACAGCAUGCACAAAAUAAUGGUCGGUUUUACCUUUUUUGAUUUUUUUUAUUCAUUCUACUUUCCAUUCGCUUUCCGAGUGUCACAGGUUUCCGAACUGCCGCAGGAGCUGCCGUAGCCAACACAGUCACAUUCUGGCUUUGUUAGCGGCAAACGUGCAGUCGUUUAAAACAAUCCAUUAUUUUAUGUUGAAACUACUAAAUCUCCGUUUGGACUAACAAACUGUCAAAAAUUUAGACAAAUGAAAAUAUGUUUAUUAUCAAACAAUGGAACAGUUCAUUUUAAACUAGAAAUCAGUGAAGAGAAUUGUCAGACAAAAGAGGCAAAAAAAGCAUCAAAGAAGGCGCAUCAAUUACUCUUUAUCUCAACUGGUAACAGAUACUGACAUGUUCCCGAAAUUUUUUGUUGCAGACAAAUCGGUACUUUUCAACUAGAAAAUAAUCAAUUAUUACCAACCCAAAAUCGAAACUUUUUGAUGAUACAUCUUCAGCAGCGUUGCAGUGUUUACCGACUCGAAGUUACCGGUCGAAAAUCAUAAUGCAAGCCUUAAAAAUCUGUAAACUCGUGGUGCUCGAUCUUUGUCCUAUUCUGUUCAAGUUGGGACAAACAUAUGUCGCAUUGAGUAGAAUGUCGCAGCAAAUUCAGGUUGCGACAUUGUUGUUAUUGUUGCGCGAUGGUUUAAUUUUGAUUCACUGCUAGAAAUCAGUUUGUCGCUUUAGCAAAUUGAAACAUCGCUUUAUUUGAACUGGAAUUUGAUUGUGUGUACAAUUUAUUUCACUGCGUGUACACGAAUAUUUCAAAAGCAUUUUGGGGCAUCACAAACACAGAUGAUUCCUUUAUUCCUGGCACCUUGUUUUUCAACCGUUCUCAAACUAUGGCUCGGUACCCAAUAGAACUUGGCCUCAAAAUUUUAUUUAUUUUUCUUAUUCUUUUUCUGAAGUGUCACCUGUUUUAGAAACUAUUACGAUUAUUUUUUUUUCUUAAGCUCCAAACCUUUGAUGUUUAAAAUCAACUUGCGCUGUAGGAUUAUUGGUAAUGUAAUUAUUAUUUAGAUAGAAAAGAAAUAAAUAACUAUUGACCUUAAAGGGUGUACGAAAUAAAAAUUAAAAAAAUAAAUAAAAAACAUAAAAACUAAGUUGGGUUGGGCAAUUAGUUCACAAUAUUCACCCUUACAAUGUAACAAAAUCAUGUGUUAGAAAAUCGAAAAACUAAAGCUUGUUUCAAGAUGUUUAUUUUAGUUUGAGAUAAAUGACAAUUCGUAUCAUAGUGGAAGCGUUCGAUAGCGUUCAUUAGACGAUUAAGGCCAAAUUGUCGGGCAUUUUAACUUUGGUAAAAACUAUGGUGAUAGAUUCCGAAUACCCAUAAUCUUUGGACUGAACCGUGAGUUUUUAAAAGUUGGAGAAUUCCUAUCAUGAUAAUGUUUACUACUUAAAAAAAUAAUAUUAAAUAAUUCAGCAAUAUUUGAAAAAAAAAAAACGAACGAAUAAUAUGUUAAGAUUGACUCAGAAAAGAGUCCCUGGUCACGAUGUCAACAUUUCGAUUAUCAUCGAGCUUUUUCUUUGAAAAUGAUUAGUAGGUAUUUAUGACUUUAUUUUCAUAAUCCAAAGACUAUAAAAUAUUUUAUCGGAGAAUUUUUUUCCAUACAUUUUGUAUGAGAAGUAUUUCAACGUAAAACUGUAUUCAAUGUAUUUUAGUAUAAAACAUAGCCAAAAACUGAGCAGAUGUUUUUGUGCUCGAUAAUAUUUUAUGUUUCACUCAUCUUUCAUUGCAUUAUUGGUAUUAUUAAAUAUAUUGAAGCAGCUACGAUAUUGAUGCACAGUAAACUCCCGGAAUUCUUGAUAAUGUUUUGAAGUGUUAACUCAUUAAUUUUGGAAUUUCCUCCAAGACUUAAGUGCUCCACACAAUGCCUACGUUUGCGUGUGCGUGGCAGUAGUUUGACAGAUUUUCGCUAUGCGUUCCCGGCUUUAUAACAGGGUUAUCUCUAAAAGGGUCAUGAACAACUUUAAUCGUUUGUUCAUCACGUUUGUCUAUAAAUGGUUUUCGACAGAUCGCGGUGGAUGAUGGAUUUUUCAAUAUAGAGUGACGAUGGGUAUUAUCGGCAGGUUUGUUCACUUCGUCAUGGGGGGUUUUUGUCGGCCGAAUUUCCUGAAAUUUGGCAGUAUAAUUCAGCUUGGUUGGGAAGGAUUUGUGGCCAAUCCUGAGUUCGAAAGCUUUCAAAAAACCCCCCAUGACGAAGAGAACAAAACUGCCGAAAAUACACAAUUUCCCCUAUCUACAAAAAGUGUGACAUAAAAAGGGAAAGUGUUGUUGAAAAUGGCUCCUUUAUAUGUGACGUGUCGUCACAUAUUCAGAAGAAUUAUUAAGUAGUUUCUGAAGAACUCCGUUUGCAUCGACUGGAAGCCGUCUGCUUGUUUUUUUUACAAUGCAAAAGGUCCCAAACAAACUCUCGUCACACAGAAGUAUAACAUUUCGCAUUGGAGAAGUACGCGCAACUGUUUUCAUUAGUACCACAUCUCGUUUCAAAACAUGAAUGUUUGAUUUCGUUACUCAAUUCAGUGGUUUGUGGUAAGGUUUAAAUGUGGACUCCCGAAAAAAUAUCUUGCUCAGUAUCUCCAUGUGCCUCUUAUCGCAAUGUGCUUCCCAAUGAAAUCUAAUAUCGCCAUGAGAUUCUCUAUAACUUGCUUGCUUCUCGUGUUUUGUUCCAUAUCUACAACGUUCGUGGACGGUCUUGACCACUACGUAGGACACAAGGACUUCGAUACGAUCUUUCGUGAGUGCGGCGUAUAUUUAGAUGUUCCCGACUGCAUCCUAGACGAGUAUGUCGUCAAUGCGUAUCCGGAUGAACCGGAAGUUCGAGACUUGAUACACUGCACCCUGGUAGGUUCCAAAGCCUGGCACGAUGGAUCCGGUGUAGUGGAGCACGUCAUAUCCAACUUCUUCAAUCCUGGUCCCGAGGACACGUGCUAUGCUGGUAGAACUCGAGAUUGCAUACAGAGCUCUCAGAUGCCAUGUGACAGCAACGUCACGCUUGCAUACAAAGUCUUCAAAUGCUACUACCGCCAGUAUGGAAACCUGAACCACAGUGCUCAAUUUUUGCCUUGUUCUGCGCAAGAGCUGCAAGUUCUGAUCAAGACUUCGAUUGCUAUCGUGAACGUUACUCAAGACGAACUGGUGAAAUAUAGCAACGGAGUUUUGCUAGACCAACCCCAAUUCACUGAGCUGAUCUACGUUAUCUUUGUUCGAGGCGGAUUCUACUAUACUGAUCAAGGUGUAAUGCUGAAAAACCUUCACACCCAGUUUGGCAAUCCGGAGUUGUUGAUACCGGAAACGCAGCAGUGCGUGGAUGUGAUUCAUGCAGGGUGGGACGGUCGUAGGCAAAAGGAUCUAAUUUAUGCCUACUUCGGGAAGUGUCUCCGAAGAGUCACACCUUGGUUGAAGCUGAUUCAGGAUGUGGCGGCAUCAUUGGUGGCCGUUGGGCCUGCAGCAUGCUCGCCACCGAGCAGUACAAGUACAACCACGACGACGACAACCGCUGCGCCUCCACCCAGUACGAUGCGACCAUACUAUAAUGUUAAGAAAUGAUAUGCGGUAGCGA